AUGGGUGUCAAGUCUGCGUACCUGUUUCUCUAUAACACAGCGCUGUGCGCAGCCUGGGCAUACGUCCUGGUCUUGACUACGCGACACUCCAAGACCAAGGGCAGCAACCAGGAGCGCUGGGACAGCAUCGAUACCGUGUGGCAGGCGGUGGAGGUGCCCUUGAAGGUGGCGCAGACGGCGGCGGUGAUGGAGGUUGUUCACAGCGCGGUGGGCCUCGUGCGUUCGCCUGUCCUCAUCACAGCCACCCAGGUGGCGUCACGGCUGUUUGUGCUGUGGGGGGUUGUGGACCUGGUGCCCGAGGCGCACCGCCGCCCCCUGGUGUUGGCGCAGUGGGGCCAGACGUAUCUGGAGCUGUCGCUGCUGUCGCUGCUAGUGGCCUGGUGCUGCAGCGAGAUCAUCCGCUACAGCUUCUUCGCAUUCAAGGAGCUGGGCAUGCAGCCGUACGUGCUGCUGUGGCUGCGCUACACAGCCUUCAUCGUGCUCUACCCGCUGGGCGUGUCCAGUGAGCUUGCUGAGAUGCCCAACAAGUUCAACUUUGCCUUUGACUACUACUGGGCCUGCUGGCUGGUGGUGCUGCUCUACCUGCCAGGCUUCCCGCAGCUCUACUUCUACAUGCUGGCGCAGCGGCGCAAGGUCCUGCGCGUCGGCCGCAUCAGCAGCUCAGCCAAGCUGAAGGCGCAGUAG